AUGGAAAAUACGUCGUCGAUUGAGGAAAUAAAACUCGGAGACAAACUCGGAGAAGGUUCGUAUGGCGAAGUGUGGAAGGCCGUGUGGAAAGGCAAGCAAGUUGCUGCCAAACGGAUUCUACCUAUCCUAGUGAUGGAAGACUACGAUGUCAGUCAAAGAAAAGCCAUCUUAGAAAAGUUUAAGCAGGAAUGGGAGAUUCUCUACAGUAUUCGGCAUAAGAACAUUGUGCAAUAUUACACUGUUAUUCUACCCCCUUCUCCAGAGAGCCCCAUUAUUGUGACAGAGUUGCUGGAGUGCGAUUUGGCCAAACACAUUCGGAACUCAACGACUAAACCAAAGGUUCCUUUCCCAGACGUAAUUAAAAUCAUGUUGGACGUCGCCGAAGGUUUACACUAUAUUCAUACCCUAAAAAAACCGAUUGUACAUCGCGACUUGGCGAGCAAAAAUGUACUGUUGACGAAAACCUUGCAUGCGAAGAUUGCAGAUUUGGGUCAGGCGAAAGCGUUCCCUCGUGGUGCAAUGUACGCGACCGCCAUGCCGGGAACACCCGUGUAUGCCGCUCCAGAGACGUAUCCCACGGGGUUGGGAGGACUACCGAGGGGCGAUAAAGCGAGAUACUCCGUCAAAAUCGACAUCUUCUCGUUUGGAGCCAUGCUGCUGGAGAUUAUUAUUGGUCAUUUACCAGUGGGUAAUUUGCCUGACCCGGUUCUUGAAGAUGGGGAAAUAGUCCCAGAGUACAAACGCCGUCAUGAGGACCUAGAAGAGAUGGGUCCGAGCCACCCUCUACGCAAUCUUGUUUUGCAGUGUUUGGAAAACUCUCCUGAGGAAAGGCCCAGCGCAGGUGAGAUUAAAGAAAAACUCAGCAAGGCUGUUAGCGAGACACUAUCAGGUAGCCCCUCUGAUGUUAGGGAUGCCGUUAAGUCCAUUGAUCAUUAUGAUCACAAGUUUAAGCUUGUCGUACUUGGCGAGGCAGGUGUGGGUAAGACAUCUAUCGUGACCCGAUUCCUGGAUACCAACAGCCAGCUUUCUGAGAAAUCGUUUUCAAGAAACGUCGAGUCUGAAGAUCACUUUGUGGGACUGCGUCUCCCUGAUAAGUCAAUCCAUCUUCAUAUCGUCGAUGUAGGCGGUCACAAGUUCACCAAAGCCUCCAACCUAGUGCCUCAGAUUUUUCGGGACGUGCGGGGUGCGGUCAUUGCCUUCGAUCUACUCUCUAAAAAGUCUUUCUUGGAAGUGCCAAAUUGGGUGAAAGUCGUCAGGGAGAGAUGCUAUGAAGAAAUUCCCAUCGUACUAGUUGGAAAUAAAGAUGAGGAGUUGGAGAGAAAGGUUGGGUCGCAAGAAGUGGAGCAGUUUACCGAAAGAGAGAGUAUGUUUUACACUGAAGCUAGUGCCAAAUCUGGAAAGAACAUUGAUGAAAUAUUUUCUGUUCUCAUAGACUUAAUGAUUGAAUGUGAAAACAAAAACGAAGGUGAAGCUACGGCUAAUAGUCUUCUGGUAUCAUUGCGAGAAACCCUUUCUAACAGGGAUGCCAGCCAGGAGAAGUCCCCCAUUGCUGAACGCUUCCGUACCCCUCGUCGUGACGCCCUCAAUCUGGGAGUCAUAGAACUCAAGGAAGAAAAGGGAACAAUGCAACAUGACGAGAACGGCAGGAAAAGUAAAUCACGGUGCUGUUUGUUGAACUAAAGUGAUCGAGGACGAUGUUAAACACGGAUGAACAUUAGAUU